UGUGUAUAUUUUCCCGUCACUUAUCUUAACACAGCUUUAAAAAAUUUGAACACAAUAUUUCAAGCAGCCAUUCCGUGUACCUGGUUCAUAUUGGAUUGUGUAUCCUAUUUCUAACCAGCCUUUAUUACUCGAUAAUUGCACACCUCGUUCACAAGCCACGCCUGUGACGUCACGCCUAGGUAGUCGACGCCACACACCUUCACAGAGACAAGCCGGGAAACUGAAUUUCAAAAUGGGAUCCGCAAGACAACUGUUGCUGUCUUUGUUGUUUUUUAGCUGUGUUUCAGCAUUAUUGGCAGAGGACACAGAUGCACCAUUGAGUGUUAGCUUCCUUGACAGCUCAACUAGAGAGGUCCGCCUGGAUUCUCCUUUAACUUUCACAUGUAACAUAAAUAGGGACAUGCUGUUUGUAGUUCAGAAUGAAGUCAACAUGGUGAUGAAACCAGUACAUGGGGAAGCAAUAACCUUGUCCACCAGCGCUCGGCUGGUGAAUGGAGAGCCAGAUUUUUACAAAAUUACAAUAGUAAAUUCGCCAUCCGGACAUAUACAGAUAAAAUUUGAUAUUCUAAAAGUGAGAGACAUAAACGAUGGCAAGCUCAUCUGUCGUGUCAAUUCUACAAAAAAAGUUGUUGAAGCAGAAGUGGAUAUUGUCGUUCUAAGACCAAUAGAAAACUUCAAACUAAAGGUGAAGGAAGUAGAACUCAAACGUUCAACUACAGAACCAUUGGCACUGGAUUUAGGCCGUCUGGUAGUAACCUGCACUGCAGAGGGAAGCAACCCUAAAACUGAAGAUGUUAAAAUCCUUUUCCAUGGGGAAAAAAUAACUGCAACAUCUGAUUACAUUGAGAUGGGAGGCUUGGUUAGAAAAUGGAGAACAUUUUUGAACGCCACAAUACAAUUAGACUCAGAAAGUUCAGGGAAAACUGUGGAAUGUGUGGCAGUACCAAAGAUUGGGUCACGUCUUGACAUUGCUGUACCAAUUAAAAUAAAUAUCUUUGAGCCUAAUGUCAACUGCUUUCCUGCACAAGCCAGUUUGGGUCAGUCCAACACAGAGCUCAAGUGUGUUGUUCAACAUAUCGGACCCAAAGUUAGGAGUUACAGAUACGAGUUAGGGUUUGGUGACUCGGCCAGAAAGUUGCCUGAACCAACAUUAAAGGAAAUUAAUGACACAGUGACAGAAGUCACUACAGUUUUAGAGCAAGUUGACAGUGACCAUUUUAAAGGAAGUAUUUACCUCAUCAUGACACACAUAGAUGACCAUGUAUCAAAGGAGAAAGUAGAGUUGAUCUUCUCACCAGAUGACUCAGCUAACUCACCUAAUCCAUUGAGUAGACCAGAAACAGGGAAGUCCAGAGAUGAGAAUGGUGAAAACAAAUCAAGCCAGGUGCAAAUUUCUUUAGUUAGUUUGGUGUUGCUUCUCAUUGGUUCUCUUCUCUUAUAAGCUUGCUUUGUUAGUACCCAUAGUUCAAAUUACUUAAAUUUUGUUUCUGGGUACCCAUAGUUCAAAUUACUUAAAUUUUGUUUCUGGGUACCCAUAGUUCAAUUCAAAUUACUUAAAUUUUGUUUCUUAGUACCCAUAGUUCAAAUUGCUUAUAUUUUGUUUGAAACUGGAAAGCAAAAGCAUUUUAUUUAUACAGAUCCAAUUAAAAUCUUGGAUCUGCCAAUGAUUAUAAUUUCUUAUGGUAGCAUGAUAGGAGGCAGUUUCUUUAUGUUGAUGCUUAUUGGUGCUAUGCACUAACGACAUUCCAAAGCUGCAGUAAUAAAUUAGGUGUAGUUUAAAAUAAGCUGUAUUCAGUUGUAAUAUAAUUGGAAAGUAUAGGCCAAUUUUUUGAAGUUAGUAUAGCACUUUAAAGUUGUACUUCCUUAAUUUUAAUUAGUUUGGUUAGUGAGUUGUCAAGAAACAUCCACAUAAUGGAUAGCUGUAAAUCUUCUGAAUAAGGUAUUUGAAUUAUUAUGUAAACAUGUUCUGUUUAGUGUGUGUGUGUGAGUGAUGAAAAUGAAGGCAUUAGUACUUAGCUUAUACAUUUGUUGCAACUGCAAUAUUGCUUGCUGUAUGUAAAAUUUUCUAUGCAAAAUUGUGUGAGUUGAAUAUAUGAGAUAGUUUGUGACUUUGUACUGUCUUUUUACACCAUUUGUUUGCCAGAAAUCUAGUUAAUACAGUGAAAUGGUUCCCUGUAUAAUGCUCUUUAGAUUUUCUAUUAUUGUACAAAUCCUUGACAUGUAAUUUUGUUUUUUUUCACUCGCCAUUGUUUAGUUGUGUCUAAUGUAAAUUUCAAUUUUGACUUGAUUGGGCACUAAUGUAUGCAUAUCAUGGUAUAUUUUACAAGUAUAACAAGUAUGUGUUGAAAUCAUUUCAAGUAUUACAUUAUGGCUUUUACUACUAGUUAAUAAAUCUGAUUUGUCUUAA